ACAGAUAAAACAAGGUUAUGUUUAUGCAAAUCUUGCAAAAACAUUAGAUGACAAGUAGUAAUUAUGUUAUAUUUUUAAGAAUAAAUGAGCCAAAUAUGUGAAUUUCAAUAUGUGCUUCGGACCAUUCGCUAAGUUAUGCCACUGGGGUCCCAUAUCUGCGUUAUGUAUAAUAAAGUGUGUAACUGGUAUGACUAUGCACUGUAAUAAUUUGCUAUGGCCGGGAAAAUCUUAUACCGGAAUGUUGAACACGCUGUGUUUCAUGAGCCUUGCAGGUCUAACGUUAUACAAUUUUCUCUCUGCCAUUGCUCAUGGUCCCGGCUAUUUACCAAAUGACUGGGCUCCUGAGAACAUAAAUGAUACAAAGCAUAUGCAGUUCUGCAAAGUGUGUAACUCUUAUAAAGCUCCUAGAUCUCAUCAUUGCCGCAAAUGCAAUCGAUGUGUACUUAAAAUGGAUCAUCACUGCCCUUGGAUUAACAACUGCGUUGGUUGGGGCAACCACGCACAUUUCAUUGCAUUCCUUACUUUUGCCACAAUUGGAUGCUUACACGCAUCUUUUAUAUUGGGAACGGCUCUCUACAGGUCUGUAUACAGGGUGUACACAAUCGAUGUCUACCAAAGAAAUCAAGUAGUUUACUUGGGACUUUAUGGGACCAUAAUCUGUGUUCUGUCUUUGGGAUUCGCCAUUGGGGUAGUUAUAGCAGUGGGCAUGCUUCUGUAUUUCCAAAUAAGGGCUAUAGUUAGAAAUAGAACUGGUAUAGAAGACUGGAUAAUUGAAAAGGCUGCAUAUAGACGGAGACAUUCUAAUAAUCCUUUUAUAUAUCCAUAUGAUUUAGGUGUGUGGAAAAAUAUAAAGCAAGUUGUUAACUUGAGUUGUCAACCUGUUGGCGAUGGGAUACAUUGGGAUGUUGUCGAUGGUUGCCAUGAAUAUUCUUUAACUGUGGAACAAUUGAAGCAAAAAAGGGAAAAAAGGAGCAGGGCAAGGUUGUACUUCGUGGUAAAGGCAGCGUCCGGGUGUUGGUUUCCAAUAUCUCAUGGCGUGGGCGUCCUUUGUCAUCCGCCCUGUACGGAUGAGGAACGAAUAGCUUUGCAGCCGGAAGAUCAAGUCGUAGUAACCAGGUGGCGAAAGUACUGGUUAUUCGGAGAAAAAGUACAAGAAGAGAACGGCGAACCUACCAAACGUAUUAGGGGAUGGUUCCCUAAAUGUUGCGUCGUUGAAGCUUCCGAAGAAUCCCCUUCAACUUCUUCUCAUGAUUGUAAUACCAAGUAUAAAGCGAAUUAAAAUUUUUUCGUGA